AUGCAGGAACCAAGGAAACCACAUCUUGAUGCUGUCUAUCAUCUUUUGCGAUACUUAAAAGCAGCACCGGGACAAGUGAUGCAGACUGGGCUCGGUGUUCUAUCACGAGGCGAUCCGUUACUGGUUAUUGCAUUUUUCUUGGAGGAGCUCUUAUUUCAUGGAGGACUAAGAAGCAAACUACUGUAUCAAGGUCCUCUGCCAAAUCAGAAUAUCGAGCUAUGGCCUCCAUCACAUGUGAUUCAAGCGGCACUUCAUAUCGCAGCAAAUCCGGUUUACCACGAACGAACCAAGCACAUUGAGAUCAAUUGCCAUGUUGUUCGAGAAUGGAUUCAAUCAGGAGCAAUCGUGACAGCUCAUGUGCCCUCAGCAUGUCAACUUGCCGACAUGUUCACCAAGCCACUCGGUCAACCGACGUUUCGUUCCCUACUUGGCAAGUUCCGCGUUCUUGAUAUACACGCUCCAGCUUGA